AUGGUAGAGUUGAAUGGCAGGGGGUUUCAAGUUUUUGAAGUGUUGCAAACUGAGAAGCAACAAGAAGAACAGAAUCAGCAGCAGGAUAGGAAGAUUAUUGAAGAACAAAGAGAAAUUCAGCAUCAAGGAAAAGAAUUUUACUUAAAUGUAGAUGAAGAAGAGAAUGAAAGGCAACCAUUUCCACCAUUACAAUUGCAAGAACAAUCACCAUUCAAUCAUCAUCAGUUUUACCUUCAUCAAUCUCAAUCUGGGCAGCAAUAUAGAGACCUUUAUAAUCAACUAGAAUCUCAAAAUUUAGUACCCAUUUCAGAAUCUGAACAACCCAUUAAGAAAAGGGCUUACUUUCCUUCAUCUUCUUCUUCCAUUCCUGCAGGCACAGAACAGGUUCAACAGCAACAGAAGAAACAAUCAGGUUCUUCUAGAACAUCCUUAAGAAAAGCUGGAAUUGGUGAAAUAGUUGAAGUUCAAGGGGGUCAUAUUGUUAGAGCCACAGGUAGAAAGGACAGGCAUAGUAAGGUCUGUACUGCUAAAGGACCAAGAGAUAGGAGGGUUCGGCUUUCGGCUCAUACAGCUAUACAAUUCUAUGAUGUACAAGAUCGUCUUGGGUAUGAUCGUCCUAGUAAAGCUUCCUUCUAG